AUGGAUAUGACGAGAGUCGACUGGUCUAAAGUCGGUCCCAAGGCCCUGCCCUGGCUCAACCCAGAGACUGAAGCAGUCAGCCUUGAAGCCAUCGCCAAGUUUCCGGGGGGCUACACUCUCAAGGCAGCUCUGCUGGCUUCACUGGAGGUUGUGAAGCAGACACUCAAUGUGGCGUCGGCUGUUCCGACUGCAGCCGAGUAUAUAUCUGUUAACAUCGCUGUCCCGGCGGGCACCCGCGCCCUGGACCUCACCCACUGGGCCGCUGACAAUGCGGGCAAGUUCAUCAACAUCCGGAGCGUAGCUCUCUGCGGGCGCUCGUGUCGGGCGUCGAGAACGGCGUGGACUCGGACAUCAAGAGGCUCGUUGCUGGGAAGGCAGCUGGUCAGAAGGCGCUGGCCGCACCUGCUAAGGUCAGUGUCUACUGUGCGCACCACCCCAGCCCCUGCAGGUUCUACUCCUGCCGGCUCUGCUGCUACUGGCACUAAUAGUGGCCCGCCGGCUACAGGCGGCGACCACCUUUCAGCUCUGAAGGCCCACGUCCGCGCGAUAGUCAUCAGGCAUGACUUCUCAGUCGACUAA